AUAGCUGCCAUACAAACUGACUGAUAAAAUUCACGUACUUGUAUGAACAACAUUUUUAUUUUACAAGAUAUCUACACGAAAUUUGGCGCAGACCAUUCUUUAAGUCGAAACUACAAUCUGCAAUAAAAUUUUUCAGAUCGGUUUACUAUAGCAUAUAGCUGCCAUAUAAACUGUUCGAAAAAAAUCAAGUUAAUCCUAUCUCUAUAAAAUUUUCUGCUAUAAAAACGCAACAAUGAAGGGUAUUAUAGCUUCGUUGCAGCCGAAGUUAUUGUUCUUUCUUGUUUUUGCCUUUGCUUGUGUGCCACUGCUGCAAGUGUGUCAUCACAGUGAUGACGUCAAUGGGAGUACGCUUCCAAACGAAUGACUGCUCCCGUUUAGUGACACACAAACACACACAUACAUACUUGUAUGAUUUUGUAAAAGUGUAUUUUCGUCACACCGAGUGGCGCCUGUGGCGGCGACGUCAGCAGCAGAUUACAUUUUACCACUUCGGUGUGCCUUAAUUUUGUAUUACCUGUGGCUGAUUGUAAUCGUUGGCAGCGCUGCUUACUUUGAAACUUUUUUUGUACUUGCUGUAGUUGUAUUUGUUGUUGUUGUUAACAAAUCCUUAAUACACAACGGCGUGGGUUGACUUUGUGUGCCAAUGGCGCGCUUACGGCACACCCGCUACUAUGCUGCCGUAUAGAUGUCUUUAUAUUUGUAUGCGUGUGUGUGUAAAAACCAACACUAGCGCAUAUUUCUACUCGGCUAGGCUGUUAACUGUUGUUAUAUGUAUGUAUAUGUGAAAUUGUGUGGCACUUCCUUGCUGCAUUGGCAUGUGCUUCAGCCACAGUCUGGCUAUUAUCCUCGUCACAGUCCUCAUCGAAAGUGCUUGCGCUGCAGUAGUGUACACGGCAAGCUUCUCGUGUGUUCGCUAGCUGGUCCGCCGCACUCAUUCGUCUACCGUUUUGUUAACGCUUUUAGUGCCGUGCAAUUUGUUUGCGAUUUUCAUUUGCAAUCCAUUCAACAAGCAGCAUAUUUAUUGUUGUGCUUUAGUUGUGUUCAAUGUCAAGUGGCGCAUUGCAAAUCAAGCAUAAACUAACGGUACACAUGGAGUGAAUGGUGCGCGUUAACAAAAAAAAAAAUAAUAAUAAUAAAGAAAAGUGUAGCAAAAACUCUCGUUGGCCUCAAGUGGUUGCGUGCAUGCGUGGGCGCGUGUUAGCUGUUGUUCUUGUUGUUGCGGUCGUUGUCACGUUCGUGUAGUUCCUGUUGCACGGCUGAUUGCAUCGACAAUUUUCCGUCACCUCUUGUUGUUGUGAUCAACAGCGAACGCUUGGCGUGUGUGCUGUCAGGCACUGCGCUCAUUCCUGUUUUCCGCUUCAACACACACACCUAGACAUACACACACUUGUACCACAUACAAAUAAAACUUUUGUGAGCGCUAGUAAAUUUAUUGAAAUUAUUUACUUUGCUGGGUAUUAUUAUUAAAUGCGGCAUUAAAAGUUUUUAUUAAGCGCAUAUUUCAUAUUCAAUUGCCUAAUUAUCGCGCGCGCAUGUGUGCAUGUGUGUGCGCAUAGUUUCUUCAUUUGACUGUUUUAUGUCGUCGUCUACGGUGUUGUAAAUAACCGUGAAAAGACACUUGUGGCGGGACGAAAUAUUGCGCACAAUAAAAGUGCCAUUAAAUCGGCUUACAUUGUUGUUGCGGAAGCGGGAGUGUCGCACUCGGAAUUUGGUAGCAGCGCACUCACACAAACACUUAGUAAAAAUGCAGUGGCUGCUGUUGAAGAACAUUGAGAAGACGUUGUCUUAUGUGAAACGCAUGAAAGAGAAACGCUCAUUCUCUUUCCGCUUGCGUCGCUCGAUCGGCGAUGGCGGCAGCACGAACAGCAGGAACAGCAACAAUAACAGCAGCACUUGCACGAAUAACAAUUCACUGUUAUCACCGGUGACCAGCGCAAAGCUGGAAGUGCCCAAUUCGAGCGCCUCUGUCAGUCGCCGCAGCAGCAUCUACAAGAAGCCGGACAAGGAUGAUAGUGGCAUCAUACAUAUCGUGCCGGAUAUUGAAUUGCCAUUGAUGACAUUCUCCGAUCAGUAUGAUAUCGAGAAGACGCUGGCUGAAGGUUGCUUUGCGCGCAUACUACUCGCACAUCAUCGGCCCACAAAUACGUCGGUGGUGCUGAAGGCGGUACAUGCCGAGUUGGCUACGUUGAAAGACUUCCAAAAGGAGUUCCACCUCAACUAUCAGCUGUCACAUCAUCGCAAUAUACUCAGCGCUUACAAUGUGGCCUUCCAAACGAAGGAUUAUUAUGUGUUUGCUAUGGAACAUGCGCCAUACGGUGAUUUGGCGGCCAAUUUGGGACCACAUGGCUUGCAUGAGUCGGCUUGUAAAACUAUCAGCGAACAAUUGAGUUCGGCGUUGGGUUUUAUGCAUUCGAAGAAUUUGGUGCAUCGUGAUCUUAAGUUGGAAAAUGUCUUGGUCUUCACGCCGGACUUCUCACGUGUCAAAUUGUGUGAUUUCGGCACGACCACGAAGAAGAGUUUGCUGGUGCACAAGGUGAAGCAUACGUGGACCAGCUGUGUGCCGCCUGAAGUGUUGGAGAUCGUCAAAAAUGAACGGUUUCUCUGCAUGCCCACCAGUGAUUCGUGGCAAUUCGGCAUUUUAUUGUUCAACAUACUGACUGGCAGUCCGCCAUGGCACAUGGCCGAUUGGGUGAAGGAUGCACAAUAUUCGAACUUUAUGAAAUACGAACAACGCAAGACAACAAAAAUACCCGACGGCUUCCGUCGUUUUUCGCCACGUCUGAUGCGUUGCUUCCGCAAGUAUUUAACGCACGAUCCGGAAGAUCGCUGCAAAGUAACCGAGGUCAUGAAAUACAUGAAAGAUCGUUGGGUUGAAUGCCGCAUUGCGACAUCGAAGUCGGCGAUGCUCAUCUCACCGAAUCCCGAUCAGGACUCGUGUAUUUAUUUGAAUAAGCGUGAAGGUCGUCUGUCCGCCGAUGAAAAUAAAUUGAAACUGAAGCGUAUGAUGUCCAGUUAUGGUUUGGAUAAUUCCAUCGAUCAGACAGUGGUGCGUAGUCGUGUCAUUGAGUGGCUCUCGACGUGCGAUGCUAACUUCGAUUCGGAUAUCGAAAGUCUUGCGGCGCUAGAGGUGGCCAAUUAGACGGUAGUGGGCGCGUGAAAGGUUACAAGAAACGCGCAUAAAAAAUUGGUUUAAGUUUUGGAAAUCGUUUGCAGCAUGCUUUGCGCCGGUGGGCGGCGAAACCGCGUUAGUCAGACAUGACUAACGCAACCCUAACGCGUGCUCGGCGCGCAGAAGACAAGACAUCACAUGUUAAACGUGAGAAUUUAGUGGCGUUGAAGAAAGUAACAAAAAAAAUAAUAAUAAUUAUAUAUAAAUGUAUACAAUACAGGUCAUAUCGACAAUAAGUCAUAUUCAAGUACCAAAUGCACAAGAAUUUAUUGUAUAAUAUCACACGAGAGAGAUAGUGAGUCAUAUUCGCGUGUUGCGCUAACUGAUAAAUAUUAAUUCAAUGAAAUGAUGAGAGAGAGAAAAUAAAAUUAAAUUGUAUAUGAUAUGGAAUAUGUACAUUGGGAGUUUAUACAUUCAUAAAAAAAUAUAAUACGAAAAAAUUCAAUCAAUUUUGUACUAGCUUUUCCUUCCCAUAAUCACAAAAGAUAAAAAAAUCCUUGAAAUGUUUUGUGGGAUAUUUCAUGCAAGCACGGCAGUGUUAUUAAUGAGAAAAAAUAUUUAAAAUUGUUAAAUUUCUUUUAAUAUAUUUUUUUGCAAUUGUUUUAAGGAAUUCAAAACUAAAAAUUUUAUUUGACUUAAUAUAAAAAAAAUAAUUUAAUGAUAAUUUUUUAUGAAAAUUCUCCAUACAAAAAUGAUAUUAAAAUCAACUCAAAGUUAUAUAAUUUAUUAAGAAAAAUUUAUUUUAUAGUUAUAAAAUACUAUUUUCGACUUUUUUAGGACCUAAUAAAAUUUAAAAAUUAUAUUUUACAAUAAAAAAUUUUAUUUAACAAUUAAAAAAAACAAUCACUCAAACUCAACUUUAAGUUAUAUUACCUGCUCAAA